AUGCUGGGAAGGUUUGAUACGAGUAGGAACAAGUUUUCCGGAGUGCUGCCUUCGUGUAUCAACAAGUUAUUGAAUUUAACGGAGCUUCGCAUGCAGGGCAAUAACUUUAGCAGUGAGAUCCCAACGAAUAUUGGUGAUUUAGUUCAGCUAACAGAGCUGGAUUUGCAGGAAAAUCGAUUUUCCGGAAUCAUACCAUCCGAGCUGGGGGAAUUGCCUCACCUGACAUACUUGAACCCUUCAAAUAAUAUGCUCUCAGGGGUGAUUCCGGAAGAGCUCGCCAAACUGAAGAUAAUCGUGUUCGACAAAGGUGCGAUUGGCGAAGAGGAUGUACUGGCCUCAUUGAAAGCCGAGAAUGUAAUCGGGUCCGGAGGAUCCGGUGUCGUUUACAAAGUCGUGCUCAAGAGUGGGCAAGAAGUGGCGGCAAAAAAGCUGUGGGAGGCAAAUUUGGAAGAACCUGAGCAGGUGUUCCGGUCGGAAAUUGAGACCAUGGGAAAUAUUAUGCAUCUAAAUAUAGUGAAGUUGCUAUUUAGCUGCAUUAGUGAAGAUUAUAGGAUAUUGGUGUACGAGUACAUGAAGAACGGGAGUUUGAGGGAUGUUUUGCAUGGGGAGGGAGGUGGAGUUUUACUCGAUUGGCCUAAACGGUUUGCCAUUGCAGUUGGGAUGGCCCAAGGGCUCGCGUAUUUACACCACGGCUGUGUGCCUGCAAUUAUGCACAGGGAUCUAAAGUCCAACAACAUAUUGCUGGAUGAGGAGUUUAGGCCCAAAUUGGCCGACUUUGAAUACGGUUACACCAUGAAAGUCACGGAAAAGACUGAUGUCUACAGCUUCGGGAUAGUAUUACUUGAGCUACUGACUGGGAAGAGGCCGAACGAUUCCACAUUUGGAGAGAACACGAACAUUGUCGCGUGGGUAAAGGAUAUUACAGUACCAUCCAAAACACGAGGUGGAAAUCGAGAUGCUAAUAUUGCGAGUUUGAAUAAGAUGUUGGAUCCUCAAAUGAAUGCAGACACCAUAGAAUAG